AUGAUGUUGGGAAUCAUGGCCUCAGGCAAUGAGUCUGCAGUGAGGGAGUUCAUCCUGUUGGGCUUAACACAGCAGCCAGAGCUCCAGCUGCCUCUCUUCUUCCUCUUCUUGGGAAUCUACGUGGUCUCCAUGGUGGGGAACCUGGGCUUGAUUAUUCUGAUUGGUUUGAAUCCUCACCUGCACACGCCCAUGUACUACUUUCUCUUUAACCUUUCCUUUAUCGAUCUCUGCUACUCUGCUGUCAUAAUCCCCAAAAUGCUGGUGAGUUUUGUGAAGCGGAACCUCAUCUCUUAUGCGGAGUGCAUGACUCAGCUCUUUUUCUUUGCCUUCUUCGUUAUUGAUGAAUGCUGCAUUUUGACAGCAAUGGCCUAUGACAGAUAUGUGGCUAUCUGCAAGCCCCUGCUUUACAGGGUCACCAUGUCCCAUCAGGUCUGUCUCAUGAUGACAGGAAGUGUGUAUGCAAUGGGGUUUGUGGGUGCCCUGGCUCACACUGUGUGCAUGCUGAGGCUCAGCUUCUGUGAUGGCAGCGUCAUCAAUCACUACAUGUGUGACAUACCUCCUCUCCUGAAGCUCUCCUGCACAAGCACCACUGUCAAUGAGCUGGUGGUUUUCAUUGUGGUGGGUGUCAAUGUAAUAGGGCCCAGUCUAAUCAUCUUUACUUCUUACACCUUGAUCCUUUCUAAUAUCUCCAGCAUCCGUUCCACAGAGGGCAGGUCCAAAGCUUUCAGUACCUGCAGCUCCCACAUAAUUGCUGUUUGUCUUUUCUUUGGAGCCUCAGCAUUCAUGUACCUGAAGCCUUCUCCCACUGGAUCUUUGGGUGAAGAUAAAGUGACCACAGUUUUUUAUACCAUCAUAGGGCCAAUGUUAAAUCCUUUCAUCUACAGUUUGAGGAACAAAGAUGUCCACAUUGCCCUGAGUAAGACUUUGAAGAAAAAAGUGCUUACCUAA